CCGCAAGUAGUGCUUCACAUUCGAGAAGUUACAAAAUUCAAUCUGCAAAUGUGGGACACGAGGCAAACCGAAAUCUUUAAGCUGUUAUUAUUCAGAACUGCAUGAAACUCAACAUUAGACUCUCAUAGCCAGCUUACUGCCAGAAACAGUUAAUCUUACAGUCUCACUAACAAAUAAGAAACCUGGAUACUAAAACAAGAGAACUCGUUCUUCCCUUCCAUUUCACACUGACCACAAACUCCAAAAUGUAAAAAGCAAACAAGAAACGACCCACUAUGCAUGAUCCUAAGUUAUUACACAGCAAACCCCAUAAGUUUGCCAUGACUCCUUCAAUCAUCUUGCUUUUUCUUCAGGUCUUCGAACUUGUCUAUAGCCACCUGAAGUUCAUCCGUCCCUCCAACAGCUCUCAUGGUGUAGAAAUACACCCCAAACACAAACGCUGACAACCCACCAGCAACUACCAGAUUCUUGGUCUUGGGAGCAAGGCUUCCGAAUGCUAAGAGUCCGGCCAUCUUUGCAACGGGAUGUCACUUCAUUACAGAGGCAAAAAGGCGAGAAAAUCGCACGAAAUGGCCGAUGAACAAGAGGCGGCGAGGAAUGGAGAAUCACGGCCGACGGCGAGCGAGAGCAACUGAAGCGUACAGAGAGGAAUUGAGUGGGUACUGGGAAACAAAUUUUACCCGCCCCGUCCAAAGAGAGAAUUUAUACCCGCCCAGUACCCGUCAAUUAAUACGACACCGUUUAGUUGCUAUGCGCGCGCUGGCCCUAAUUCUGUGAUUGUCCGGGCCUGAAUGGAUCAAUUCCGAUCGAAAGAGAAAAGAGAAAUUGAGGCAGAAGGAAGGAUUGGAGAGGAAGAAGAUGAGAACAAUAGGAAGAAGAGAGAAGAACGAGAGAGUAGAGAGAGUAGGAAGUUUAUGGUGAAGACGUAUACAAGCAAGUUGUCUAGCCUCAUCGUCAAGUUGUAUACUUUGAAGUUAACGGCUUAGUUCUUACCCCAGGAGAACAUGGUAGGAUUUACGCCAAUGGGGAAAAGAAUCGGUCUUUACAAAGUAAUUGCAGUUCGAUUCUACUCCAGAAUCGCUCCUCCACCACCUGCAUACGCCCAACCAGUCAUUAGAGUCACCAACAAUGUAGCUCAUCUGGGUUCCGCAAAAGAGGGUCCGAAGCCCCGCCAACUUCUUUCAUUGCCUCCGUUCCCCGGUCUGCCUCUUCCCGGAAAGGACGUGCUCGGCGAUCCUGGGCGUCUCACUGCCAUCAGCUGGGUCAAGUACUACUUCAAUGACAUGUCUGGUGAAAAUAUCGAAUCCCAUUUCAAGAAGGGCCUAGUUUAUGUGGAAUGCCAAAGUUCCAGUGACUCUUUUGAAAUUAAAGGAUUGGGGAAGUUGGUGAGAAAGAUUAAGCCUCAUGAUGCAAUGGAAGAGGGAGGUAGAAUUCAUGUUCCAGUAUCGAUUGCGGAGUCUAGGAUCUCGAAGAGAUUUGACACCAUACCAAGUGGUACUCUAUAUCCAAAUGCAGACGAGAUCGAUUACUUGCAAAGGCUUGUGAAGUACAAGGAUGCAGCUCUCAUUGUUCUAAAUAAGCCCCCUAAGUUGCCAGUCCAGGGUAAUAUGCCUGUUCAUAACAGUAUGGAUGCAUUGGCUGCAGCUGCUUUGUCUUACGAUUAUGAUGAGGGGCCCAAGUUGGUUCACCGGCUAGAUAGGGAAAGCAGCGGGCUCAUCUUGCUAGGACGGACCGAAGAAAGUGUAUCACAUCUUCAGUGGCUAUUCAGCAACCUUAACAAAGCAAAAUCCCGAUGUGAGGCCUGGAAUGAUGCCUGUGAAGCUACAUACCAACGGUACUGGGCCUUAGUUAUAGGGUCCCCGAAGGAAAAGGAAGGCUUGAUUCGUGCUCCUCUUUCAAAGGUGCUUCUUGAUGAUGGGAAGACAGAGCGAAUCAUCUUGGCUGGGGGGUCUGCUUUUGAACCUUCGCAAGAGGCUCUAACAGAAUAUCGAGUCUUAGGUCCUAUGAUCAACGGAUGCUCGUGGCUCGAACUUCGCCCAUUAACCAGCUGGAAGCAUCAGCUUCGCGUCCACUGUGCUGAAGCGUUGGGUACUCCAAUCGUGGGGGACUAUAAGUACGGCUGGUUUGUGCACAAGAGAUGGAGGCAAAUGCCUCGAGUUGACAUCGAGCCGACUUCAGGGAAGCCAUACAAGUUGCGCAGGCCAGACGGUAUAGAUGUUCAGAAAGGAAGCGUGAUGUCGAAGGUCCCAUUGCUGCAUCUGCAUUGCCGGGAGCUCGUCCUUCCCAACAUCGCCAAGUUUAUGAAUAUCUUAGAUCGGAGAUCAGAAUAUCGCCACCACCCUACGACGAGUGAGCCUUCUGAUCUUCUGCGGUUUGUAGGCGCAAUGCCAAACCAUAUGAAAAUUAGCUGGAACCUCAUGUCAUCAUAUUUGGUGUGAGAGAAAAUUCACCGUAGUAUUUUGAUAUCCUUUGAACUACCCUAUUCUGAACACGACCAACAAACCGAACCCU